UUUAUAUUUGACUAUUUUGGAUGGCAGAUGGCCUUUCGGAUAAUUGGAUUUUUGGGCAUUGUAUGGGCGUUGAUGAUGCGAUUUUAUACAAUGUCAUCGGAUCGAAAUCGAAUUAUCAAUUUAUCGAUACCAAGUCGAUUGUGCACAACAAAUGUUGGUGCAAAUGAUUCGGUACCAUGGCUACUUCUGUUUCGAAGAUCGGCAUUUUGGGCCAUGGUCAUUGCACACGCAUGCCAAAAUAAUUGCUUCUUUGUACUACUUUCAUGGCUACCAACGUACGUUCAUGAAGGUUUUCCACAAGCAAAGGGUUGGGUUGUGAAUAUGUUUCCAUGGUUGGCGCUGCCGCCAUGCAUAUUUUUAGGCAAAUAUAUAACCGAUUAUCUAAUAGCACGCGAUUGGCCGGUGACGAGAGUGCGAAAAAUUCUACAAAGCUGCUGUUUCAUGUUCCAAAAUUCGUGAUUCCGGCAAUUUUAAAUGUUUUGCUAUUUGAAUGGCCAAAACAUAAUGUUUGCGAAACACCAAUCGAUCCAACACAACAUGUGGCUUCAAUCGAUUAAACAUAGACAAAGAAUAAUAAUUAAAAUCAUAGCAUUAUUCUCAUUCUACAACAAAAAUUCAUGAUCAAAUUUACUGUGCAUAUGUUAAAGGUAUUCCGAUUUUAGUAUCGACAUGUUUCAAUGUAUUUAUCUGGAUUAUGGCUGGCAAUAAAUGCUUUGCCAAAGUAUGCAGCUCGAAUCAAGCUCUUCUGAGUAUUUGUGUCAAAUUCAUAGCUGGCCGCUAAAGAUCCAUAAAAAUGAUCGUAUCUAUCGUAAAACAAAUGAAGCACAAUCACCAUUCAAUUUGCUUUGGUUUUUCAGAUUGAUUUGUUUUAAAUUAACAGUAUUUUGUUUGCAAAUCAGACGUUCCCAUCCAAACGAUGCCGUUAUUUGUAUACAUACAAUGCUAAAAAUCGAUGAUUAUACAAAACGAACAAUACUUUUAAAUUCAUUUUCAAUGGAUACCGUUUGUACGGAACACACACUAUAUCCCUGGCUUAAUUUGAACAAUUCAUGUUCACGUACAACCAAACUGCAUGUAUUUCGAUCUUCAUUGAUAAUAAUCCAACACGCCUGUCCCUGAAUUUGAUGUAAAUAUUUUGGCAUCGAUGACUUUUGUGUUUAUGACUUUUUUUUGCUCAUAACCAUUUCAACAACGAUAUAAUCGAAUGAAAAUUAAAAGAAUCACCAAUAGAUGGCGCAUCGUCUAUUGGUCAUUGUUUCAGAUUGAAUUAAUUAUGCGCAAUUACAUACACAUACACAUACACAGUAGCAGCUAGUUUGUCGGCAUUGUUAUUACGAAAUGUCAAAUAAUCUUUCGCAUUUACACAGCGAACUCCAAUUGGAUUAGUUGAAAUAAUUUAGUCUCAAAGGCGGAAAAAAACCGUAAUUAAUUUUUAGUGUGCUCAAAAUCACAUAAAACUCAAUAAUUAUCGAAUUAAUUCAUAUUUUGUUGUGAUUUCAAACAAAUUGAUAACAAAUUGGAAAAUAUUCUUAACUUUAAAAAACGUGUUUGAUAAUUUCAUCAUCUAAACGAUCAAAGAAAUUGAGACGCAAUUGUCAAUUGGACCAACGGAACAAUUUUUCGAUUUUUCCUGUGCAUUAAUUCAUCAAAGUCCCAAAAUAAAUCAGGAUGCGUCCGAAGCGUACUUGCGUUAAUGAAACGAAUGAAAGAAUUCGAAUAUACUCUGAAUGGGCCAAUUCGCAGCGCCAAAGACAACCAAUGAACAACGCAUCGGCCAAUAGUCAACAAACUGAGCCGACACAAAAUCAAGACGAAGAAGAAGAAGAGAAUCAACCAUUGGAUGUGACUGUGGACAAUAGCCAACAAACUGAGCCGACACAAGAGCAUGUGGAUGUACAAGACGGAGUUCAUCAAUCGAUCGGAAUUCAAUUAGAACAGUGUACACCAUGCACAGUUGGUUUGGAAGUCAUGUCACAGAGCGAUUCUGAAACUCAGUAUUUCAAUCGAUACCGAGCCACAAAUACAACUGGAUCCAAAAGACGGAAAGUCAUCGAAUCGGAUGACGAUGAUGAUGAUGAUGAUGAUGUUGUCGACGCACACAGUAAUGUCACGCACACGCCUAGUUUAGUCUCGCCACAGACUUCGACACAAUCGAAACGCGUACGAUUCGAUCAAAACAAUCGACAGCAACAACGACCAUCAAAUUCGUCAAGCCACAAUUCACCAAUUCAUCAAAAUAUACAAAAUGCCGGCACAUCGUCAACACACAAUCAAAUCGAAAUGGAAUGCCAAAAUGUGUUUUCUUCCAUGACAAGAAUAAUAGCUUCAAACGCAGCACAUCGUCAAAUCGUUGAAACAAUUGCAAAUGAAUUGAGCACACAAUUGAAUCAGUUCACACGGAACAUCAAAUUGAAUUCAAACGUUAAACAAAAAGUCGAAGAUUUGGUGGAAAAAUUCAAACGGAGUCAUGACGAAGCCUUGCAGCGUUUACGAAAUGGUUUUGGAAUUUGUGUUGAUACUAAUACAACUGCUGCUUCUACUGUUGCCGAUUGGAAUGAUGUGUCUACACCAACAUCAUCCGGUGAUACAGUCGCAUCAGGUACACGUCCAAUACAAUCACAAUCGAAUACUAGCAAUGCACGACAAAAAACAAUACCGGCCAAACGAAAGAAGCGAGCAAACACAAUUGCAAAUGCACCGGCACCAAAGAAGCGAACAACUCGUGCCACCAGUAUGCCGAAUACAUCGAAUAAUGAUUAUGUCAGCGAUGAUUUCGAUUUCAAUGAUGGCGAUGACGAUGGCGACAAUGGUGAUGAGGAUUCAGAAAGAUACCAAUCGAUCAAAAUGGGCAAACGUAAGUCAUUCAAUGAAAAUCUACAGAAUAAGGAUGAAUUGGCUAGCAUUAUCAAUAAAAUUGUCACGGACAUGAGUCACACUUGGCGACUUGGCGCACUCAACGUACACUGUAGCCUCAUGCGAAUCAUACAAUCGAACAAUGAAGCAGCCAUUCGUACCGAAUUUUGGAACAGUACGUGUGAAUACAAUCGUAAUUAUUUUGAUGGUUAUUUUCGUGGUGUGUAUGGUAAUUGUAUCAAUGGCAAGACAAAAUUGCGAAAAACAUGGAAAUUGGAUCAGGCUAUAAUCAAGUUCUGUCAGAAGCACAUUGAGAAAAAUGCAAUUGGUUAUGGUAACAUUUUCACCUAUGCAACUCGGCAAUAUUUCACCAAUUUCAUGAUGUGUAUCAUACGUAGUCUGUAUAAUAAUGUUCGGGCAUAUUUGAAUCAUUUUGUGAUUAUUACCAAUUGA